UCGUCGCUUAGGUAACAAUACCGCGUAAGUCGAAAAAUGGCCAUAUGACGUUUUAUACUUCAUUGGAUAGAUUUUGAUGGCGCGCGUCGAUUUAUGUUACAAAAAUUUUAAAAUUAACCAAUCGCAGCGCGUUAUUUGAACAGUUCUGGCACCGCGCAAAUCGCUUGUUGUUCCACAACCGCAUAAGUCGUCAGACCGCCAUACUGUUUCGAGUGAAUGUGUGACCGCGCAGAAAAUUUACUGUUUUUUAUUUAUUUAUCACGGUUUUAUCAGCGAGACCGACAGUUCUGAUGCAACAAAAAGCAUAUUAUGAAAAUGGCCGAGGACCUUGGUGAUAACGCUUCCAGAAUGAAUGAUGAGGAGAAAGUGGAGACUGAGGUCUUGACUUUACUUGAUUUAAAAAAAAGGCGGGAAGCGUUAUUAGAAAAAAAAAAGAUUAUUUUAAAAAGAAUAAAUAGCGAAAAGCUGGCACAGGUAACAGAUAAACAUUAUAAGUUUUACCCCAAAUCUAUGGAUUCUGCUUCUAAAUCAACUGACGAAUCUAUUACUGAGCACUUACAUCAAGCAGAUUAUAGUAUAACUUUCGGACAUGCCAGCCUUGAUGAUGAAGAUAUUGCACAAACUGAUACAAUCACAUUCAGCAGUAAUACGAUAUUUCAAGAUAAAGUAGAAAUUAACAACACAAAGGAGAAUGACGCAAAUAUAACUAACAUUGACAACUUAAAAUUUAUAGAGAUGAUAGACAAUUCUUCAUUUAAUUUUACGGACAUUGGCAAUAAUUCAGUAAUGGACAUUUCAAUGAAUGAAUUUAUUCCUGAUGUUUCUUCAACGAACAAGAUAUUAUUGAUAGAAACUAGUACAUUUUUUGGAAACCCUAAUCCUCAAACCAAUGUAAAUGUUAUCGCAAAUGAUAUUCCCGAUGUACUGGAUUCUACUGUUACAGUAACUGCUUCAACUGAAAUAUCAAGCCCCCAAAUGGAUGAAGUUGCCGCUGUUGGUGAUACGUCGAUGCCCCAACCUAAUGAAGUCACUGUUAUUGGUGACGCAUCAAGGUCUCAACCUAAUGAAGUUGCCACUGCUGGUGAGACAUCUAACCCACAACCCCAUGAUUUAGCAAACACUGAUACGUAUUACGGAGAUUUAUCAAUUAAUAGAAAAAGGAAAAACAAAGCUAAUAAAGAGCCUGGUAAGUGGAAGAAAAACCUAAACAAAAAUUUAAGAAUGAAAGGAGAGCCGUAUUUAGGCUAUAGACGAGUCACGACCAAUAAAAAUAUUUAAAAAAAAAUCCAUCAUGAUGUGUUAAGGCCUGCACGAAGCAUGAAACCUUCAUGUAUUUCAUCUUUUUGUAAGAAAUCGAAACUGAGAAGUUGUCAGAACAUAGAUGAAGAUAAAAGAAAAGAGUUAUUUAACACGUUUUGGAAAACGAUGUCAUGGGAACAAAGAAAAACUUUUGUAUGUUGUCAUGUUAUAGCAAAUGACAAAAAGGUUACUAAGAAUCCUGAGUCAACAAGAUUUAAAACUCUAGCUUAUUUCUUAACUAUUGAAAAUAUACGCUACCAAGUAUGCAAGAAGAUGUUUCUAAAUACUUUAGGGAUUAAGGACUGGUUUGUACGUUAUUGGCUUGAGAAAACAAACAGCGCCAUGCCACCACAUUCACAAAAAGAAAUCCAUUCAAAAAAAAAGCAAGCUGCUCAUGUCUUUGCGGAGGAAUUCCUUAAUAGUCUUCCUAAAAUGCCAUCACACUACUGUAGAUCCAGUACGUCAAGACAAUACCUAGAGCCGUUAUUUCAGAACAUGGCGCAGCUAUACAAGGAAUUUUCUAGUAAAUGUGAAUUUGAAUCAGUAGAAUGUCUUAGUCGCAGGAUUUUUGAUAACAUUUUUUUAAAGCUUAAUUUAAGCCUUUAUCAUCCGAAAAAAGAUCGGUGUGAUGUAUGCUGUGGUCAUGAAGCAGGCAAUAUUAAUGACGCAGAAAUAGCACUACAUAGACAACGGAAGGAAAAAGCUAGAAAGGAAAAAGAAAUAGAUAAAGAUUUAGCCAAAGAAGGAAAAUGCCAUGUAUUUACGCAAGAUGUUCAAUCAGUUAAAUUAGCUCCUAAUCUUCAGGCAAGUGCUAUCUACUAUAAAACGAAAC